AUGGCUGAUGGUGAAAACGGGCAAAAUGGUGUUGAUCCCACGGGAGUGUUUAAUCCACGGCAGCAGUUGAAUCAACCGAUUAAUCCCGUGCCGGUGGCUCACCAGCUUCAGCAGCAAAUUCAUGCCCCCGUUGUGACUACUCACCAGCAGCAGCAGCCGUUCAUUCCGAUUUCAACUGCUCAGCAACAGCAGUUCCCAAACUUCCCACCCCACCAACCGCAAGCCCAGACGAUUGCCCAGAGCCAACAGUCACAAGCACAGCUAAUGGCACAGCUUGUACAGAGGCAGCAGCAGGCCGAAGAACAGCAGCAACAGUUUCUUCGGAGUAUUUCAUCGUCGAUAAAAGUGCAAGUGCCACCCAACCCGGAACAGAUCCUUGACUCUUUGGCCAGCAAUAUCAAGGAAUUUCGGUAUGAGGCCGAAAGUAAUUCCACUUUCGCAGCUUGGUACUCGCGAUACGAUGACCUUUUCGAUAAAAAUGCUACAAGGCUGAAUGACGAGGCUAAAGCUCGUCUUCUCAUGCGCAAACUGGGCUUAUCGGAGCAUGAAAGGUACGUGAGCUACAUUCUUCCUAAAUUCCCAAAGGAGUUUACUUUCAUGCAGACAGUGGACAAGCUGAAAAGCUUGUUCGGAGCUAAAGAAUCGGUGAUCAGCCGCCGAUACAGAUGUCUGCAAAUUGCGAAGAAUCCUACCGAGGAUCAUGUAGCGUUCGCCUGCAGAGUGAACAAAGCUUGCGUCGAGUUCGAACUGGGGAAGCUCACAGAAGAGCAGUUCAAGUGCUUGGUCUACGUGUGCGGCCUAAAAUCGGAGAAUGACGUCGAGAUCCGUACCCGACUCCUCACUAAAAUAGAGGACAACAAUGACGUCACAUUAGAACAGCUCUCCGAGGAGUGUCAGCGCCUUUUCAACCUCAAGCACGACAGCGCGAUGAUUGAAUCUCCAUCUCCGUACGGCCAAGUGCAAGUGGUGAGGAAGUUUGGUGGUAACCGGUUCGCCAAGCAAGAAAGAGAGUCCCCAAAGCGUUCUUCCGGUGCCGCCGCUAAGAAGCCUAGUUAUCCGUGUUGGCUCUGCGAUGCAUUGCAUUAUAUUCGGGACUGCAGUUAUAAAAACCACAAAUGCUCCGAUUGCGGCCAAUUUGGACACCGCGAAGGAUACUGUGAUAGUGCUACGUCCCGGAAACCAGGAAACAAACGCAGGAAACGGGUAAUAUCAACCAAGGUGGUUAUGGUCGACAUUUUCCACUUGAUUGGUGAGGUGAGUAGCCCGAAGCAAGUUUCGCCGACCCUGAGAGGGUGUAGCCGCGGGGCUAGUCGGUCAUCACACGCUUCCGACAUCACUGUCAUCAGCAGGGAGAGUUGGCAGAAAAUAGGGAGUCCUGCCCUAUCGCCGGCAACAGUAAAAGCCAAGACUGCUUCCGGAAAUGUCUUGUUGCUCGAUGGGGAAUUCGAGUGCAACGUUACCAUCGGCGAAAUUACGCGACGUGAACGAAUACGUGUUACUGCGAACCAGUUGCAUCUACUCGGUGCUGAUUUAGUCGAUGUUUUCAACCUCUGGUCCGUACCCAUGGACACCUUCUGCUGUCAAGUGACCGGAUCUUCGUUGCCUACCGCUGCUCUCAAGUCGACUUUCCCCAACGUGUUCAGCGAGCAACUCGGCUUGUGCAGCAAAACGAAAGUGAAGUUAGAGCUGAAAGAAAACAUUCGACCCGUUUUCGUCCCGAAACGUCCGGUUGCAUACGCUAUGUACGACGCCGUAGAUCUUGAGCUCGACCGCCUAGAGAAGCUAAAUAUCAUCACCCCGGUCGAAUAUUCAGAGUGGGCCGCUCCAAUCGUUGUCGUCCGUAAAGCCAAUGGUUCCAUUCGAAUUUGCGGAGACUAUUCCACAGGGUUGAAUGCAGCGCUUCAGCCAAACCAGUAUCCGCUUCCCCUUCCGGAUGAUAUUUUCGCCAAGCUGGCUAAUUGUAAGGUUUUCAGCCAGAUUGAUUUGUCUGAUGCCUUCUUGCAAGUGGAGGUUGAUGAGCAGCACCGUAGGUUGCUCACGAUCAACACGCAUCGGGGUCUCUAUUCCUACAAUCGUCUGCCUCCCUGUGUGAAGAUCGCGCCUGGGGCGUUUCAGCAAGUCAUCGACACGAUGCUAGCCGGCUUAGAGUGCACUUCCGGCUAUUUGGAUGAUGUCAUAAUCGGCGGAAGAACGGAGAAAGAACACGAUCGCAAUCUACGGGCUGCUCUGAAGCGAAUUCAAGAUUUCGGCUUCACAAUUCGUUCUGAAAAGUGCACAUUUCGCAAGCAACAAGUGAAGUACGUAGGCCUCGUCAUCGAUGCUCGCGGGUUACGUCCAGAUCCAGCUAAGAUCGAGGCAAUUAUGAAGCUGCCACCUCCCACAAAUGUGUCUGAAACGCGUUCGUUUUUGGGGGCCAUCAACUAUUAUGGCAAGUUCGUCCCCAAUAUGCGCAAGCUACGGUAUCCGCUCGACAAUCUCCUCAAAGCUGAAGCGAAAUUCCAAUGGACUGCAGAGUGCCAAACAGCGUUUGAGCAAUUCAAGCGAAUUCUUUCCUUGGAUCUACUCCUUACUCAUUACGAUCCUAAGCGGGAGAUCAUAGUGUCCGCCGACGCUUCUUCUGUCGGGCUCGGAGCAACGAUCAGUCACAAGUUCCCCGACGGCACCGCCAAGGUCGUCCAGCAUGCGUCUAGAGCACUCACGAAAGCCGAGCAAGGGUAUAGUCAGCCGGAUCGAGAAGGUUUGGCCAUCGUCUUCGCUGUAACGAAGUUUCACAAUAUGCUUUUCGGGCGGCACUUCCGACUGCAAACCGACCAUCAGCCUCUGCUACGAAUUUUCGGUUCCAAGAAGGGAAUACCAGUGUAUACUGCCAAUCGCCUCCAACGCUUCGCUUUGAACUUGCUUCUCUACGACUUCGACAUCGAGUAUGUGCCAACUCACAAGUUUGGAAAUGCAGACCUGCUCUCGCGAUUGAUUAACCAACAUGUCAAGCCCGACGAGGAUUACGUCAUCGCGAGCCUCAACUUGGAAGAGGACCUUAGAGCCGUCGCGCAAAGCACCCAAGCAGACCCUCUGCUCCGAACAGUCUACCACCACGUUCAACACGGUUGGCCCCAGUCCAAACUUCCGGGGUCCGACAUCAAACGGUUCCAAUCCAGACAGGAAUCGCUCUCCGUGGUAGAUGGGUGCAUCUUGUUUGCCGAACGGCUCGUCAUUCCAUCGCUACACCGCAAGCGAUGCCUUGAGCAACUUCAUCGUGGUCAUCCCGGCAUGCAGCGAAUGAAAUCCCUUGCCAGGAGUUAUGUCUACUGGCCCAGUUUGGAUGCUGACAUCGUGAACUUCGUGAAGACAUGGCAACAAUGUGCAUCAGUGGCCAAAUCACCUCCUCAUUCUCUACCGGUGCCAUGGCCAAAUCCAACUGUUCCGUGGCAACGUGUCCACAUUGACUACGCCGGUCCGAUCGAAGGCGAGUACUACCUCAUCGUUGUAGACUCGUUCUCAAAGUGGCCAGAGAUCGUUCAAACCAACCGUAUCACAUUGGCAAUGACUAUUAAUAUCCUUCGCGGAUUGUUUGCUAGACUGGGUAUGCCAACAACACUGGUCAGUGACAACGGUACCCAGUUCACUAGUGCCGAAUUCGCCGAUCUAACGGCAUCGAACACCUGA